AUGGUCAUCACUGAUAAAAUUCACCCUGUCUACACCCUCUGGUUUCUUUGGGUAGACCCUGUCCUCACCCUGAUGGGAAUGUGGGUUAAUUUCUUUGACCACAACCUCGCCAUGCAAGCAUUCUUCGUCGAUUACCCACUCGACGCACACUUUUCACCUUACCUGUACCAGAUCGGCGGCAUGGGCACGUCGUAUCUGAUUCUUCAGUGCACCUUAUUGCGUUAUUCCCACGAUGUCAAUAUUUGGAAGAUGUUCCAAGGUUGCCUUUUACCGGCUGAUUUUACCAUGCUCACGGCUAUCUACCUUGGUCUUAAGAUGGAGGGAAAUCUAGCGUUUUCGAAUUGGAGAUGGGAAGAUUGGUUCAGUGGUGUGGUCACAGGCAUUUGCACGGUUUUGCGCUUCGGCUUUGUCCUUGGCGUCGGAGUCAGGGAUACUAAGGGCAGGGCCAAGAAGGCUUAG